CCUUCAAAUAAAAAAAUUAAAAACCAUCGUCUCUGAGCCUGCAUCACCAUCGCCACCCUCGAAUUCUCUCAUUCUUCGCCGGUGGUGCUUGCAGGCUUCCCCAAUUCUCUACUAUAUUUUCAAUCCAUGAAUUCCUAGAUUCUUGUUUUCCAAUUCUCUUGGAUUUCGAUCGAGAAGAAGAGAUGCAGAACAAUCUCUUCACAACGAUCCGGAGCUUGAAGCUCGUCGAUGGCUGCAAGUCUGCGGCCAUCUUCACCAUCCCUCCAUCAUCGUCAUCCUCAUCGGCGGCUUCAUCAUCGUCAACAUCGGCAGCGUCGUCGUCGUCGUCCUCCUCUGAACCCUCUGGUAAACCUCACCUCCUCCCUCUUCUUCGCUCCAAAUCCAUCCAACCUCCUCCUCUCUCUCACCACAACCAAUCUCCGUCGAAGCCCCCUAUUGUGCUCCCCUAUGGCCUCCCGUCCAGCGACCUCAUUGACCCCCCUGUCGACCCUUUCCUCCGCACCACUGACCCCAUCCCCUCUCUCUCCUCCUUGUACCGUCGUCUCUCUCGAUCCCCCUCCCUUCGCCCAUCCGAGCUUUGCGAUCUCUAUUUGGAGCACUUCUCGUUGCUACGUUCGCUUGCCGACCCCAAGCUUCUUCGCCGGAGCCUUCGCAAUGCGCGGCUCCACGCUUCGGACCCUCAUCAAAAGCUCGUCUUUUCCGCUUGGCUCCGCUUUGAGCGCCGCGACGAUGAGCUUCACCAUCCUCCGCCGCUCCUCCCCUGCCUCCCUUCCGCACCUCCCCUUGAAUGCCCUCGUUCCGCUCUCUCUUCACUCCCCGAUUCCCCCUCCUCUCUCUGCCCCUGCCACCGCGAUCCACCCCUGGACUCGCAUCGUUCAUCAGCGGAGCUUGAUAUUCAUGAUGAUGAUGAUGAUGAUGGCGAUGGAGAUGUAGAAGUAGUUCAGGAGGAUGGUGAUGAAGCGGACGUCUUUAUCUGCAUCGGAGACGACGAGGUUGGGUGCUCACGCCACCGUAUAGCCGCGCUGUCCCGGCCUCUCUGGGCGCUCCUUUACAGCGAGUUCGCGGAGUCACGGCGCACGCACAUCAACUUCGGCCAGAACCAUAUCUCUCCUAAUGGCAUGAAGGCUGUGGAGACCUUCAGCAGGAGAAACAAACUCGAAGAUGAUUCCCCCAUUGAUGUUGUUCUUGAGAUACUCUCCUUCGCCAACAAGUUCUGCUGCGAUGGAUUGAAAUCCGCUUGCGAUGAGCGCCUCGCGUCUCUGGUGCUCACAAUUGACGAUGCAUUGCAGCUAAUCGAUUUUGGCCUUGAAGAGACUGCGUAUCUGCUUGUUGCCGCGUGCUUGCAGGUGUUCUUGAGGGGGUUACCCAAGUCUCUCCAGGACCCAGAGAUUAUGCGCUUGUUGUGCUCGCUGGAAGGGAAGGAGAGGCUAUUGCAGGCAGGCCAUGCUUCCUUUGCAUUGUAUUACUUCUUGAGUCAGGUGGCAAUGGAGGAGGAGAUGCGGUCAAAUACCACAGUGAUGUUGUUCGAGAGGCUCAAUGAGUGCGCAGCGCCAGGGUGGCAGAAGCAGCUAGCAUUGCAUCAAUUGGGAUGCGUUAUGCUUGAGAGACAGGAAUACAAGGAUGCUCAAAAGUUGUUUGAAGAAGCUGUGGCUGAGGGGCAUGCAUACUCUCAGAUUGGUGUUGCCAGGGCUAAGUACAAGAGGGGGCACAAAUAUGCAGCUUAUAAGCAGAUUAAUGGUCUCUUCUCAGAGCACAAUCCCACUGGAUGGAUGUAUCAGGAGAGAUCGUUGUAUGGCAUUGGGAAGGAGAAGAUGGCAGACUUGAAAAUUGCUACAGAGCUUGAUCCCACACUAUCUUAUCCAUACAAGUACAGAGCAAUCACUUUAAUGGAGGAUAAUAAGAUUAGUGCUGCCAUUGCAGAGAUUAAUAAGAUUAUUAGGUUCAAGGUGUCCACAGAUUGUCUUGAGCUACGAGCAUGGUUCUUUCUUGCUAUUGAGGAUUAUGAAGGUGCAUUGCAGGAUAUAAGGGCACUAAUGACUCUGGAUCCGAAUUAUAUGAUGUUUCAUGGAAAAUUGCAUGGUGAACAGAUGAUUGAGAUUCUUAAACAGCGUGUGCAUCAGUUGGAUAUGGCAGAUUGUUGGAUGCAACUUUAUGAUAGGUGGUCAGCUGUUGAUGAUAUUGGUUCACUUGCAGUGGUGCACCAGAUGUUAUCAAAGGAGCCUGCAAAUAGCAGCCUGCGAUUUCGGCAAUCUCUUCUUUUAUUGAGAUUAAAUUGCCAAAAGGCCGCAAUGCAUAGUCUGCGCAUGGCUCGAAAUAAUUCUUCACAAGAACAUGAAAGGCUUGUGUAUGAAGGGUGGAUUUUAUAUGAUACUGGUCAUCGUGAAGAAGCCUUAGCCAAAGCAGAGGAGUCUAUUGCUAUUCAGAGGUCAUUUGAGGCAUUCUUUCUUAAAGCAUAUGCACUGGCUGAUUCAAGUCUGGAUCAGUCAUUAUCAUCUUAUGUUAUACAACUGCUCGAACAGGCUAAUAGCUGUGCUUCAGACAAUCUUCGGAAGGGACAAGCACAUAAUAAUAUGGGAAGCGUUUAUGUGGACUGUGAUUUGCUGGAUGCAGCAGCAGAAUGCUACCAGAAGGCUCUUGGCAUAAAACAUACUCGUGCACAUCAGGGUCUUGCACGUGUUUAUUACCUUAAAAAUCAGAAAAAGGCUGCUUAUGAUGAGAUGACAAAGCUCAUUGAGAAAGCCAAAAACAAUGCUUCAGCAUAUGAGAAACGUUCAGAAUAUUGCGAGAGAGAAAUGGCGAAAAAUGAUCUCUAUAUGGCAACAAAGAUAGAUCCACUGCGGACAUAUCCUUACAGAUACAGGGCGGCAGUUAUGAUGGAUGACCAUAAAGAGGAAGAAGCAAUAGCAGAGCUAACAAAAGCAAUAUCUUUCAAACCAGACCUCCAGCUCCUUCACCUUCGAGCUGCAUUCUUCGACUCAAUGGGGAACACAUUAGCCACAUUGCGAGACUGUGAGGCAGCCCUUUGCCUUGAUCCCAACCACAGUGACACAAUUGAUCUCUAUAACCGAGCUCAAGAAAAAGCUAACUCACCCUCCAAAGCUCCAAGUAAAGCAUGAGCAGACUAAUAAGUACAUAAUGUUGAAAAAUUCCCCAUACUUCUUGGUUCCAGAAAUGUGGUUUUCCUGACAAACCUAGAGCAAAAACCAUAGCACAUGACAGAAACUAAGAAGCACUGGCAAUGAGAAGCAGCAUGCAAGCAUGUGUAUAUAUAUAUAUAUUUAUACAUAUAAUAUGAACAGUGAAGGCCAUCAUCAAAGUGCACCUGUGUAUAUGAGAUUUUGCAUGACUCCAAUGUGGCAGCUGAACUGAACUGAACUGAAGAACUCUUUAUGUGAUUCAUCCUUGUAUUCUUUGUAUUAUUGUUUUUUGGAACAUAAAUGUUCGAAAAUUUUCCACAGAUAUAAUGAGAGGACACUAUCUUUUUCUCUCCUUUA